GAAGUUGUGUAGUUUAAAGGCACACCACUGUACAAAAUAGAAGCACGUUUUUUUCGUAUUAAGUAACGUAGAGACAGUAACAUUUUUGCAUAGGAACGACGCGAGAGAAUACAUACGACAAUGCCGCGUCAAUCAACACACUGGGGAAAAUUCGUAUUCGUAUAUAUUUUACAAUUAUUUUCAUACGCAACAACUUCCAACGUGGAUGUACGACUGAUAGCGCCGUACUACGUAACAUACGGCAGCACAGCCACUCUGCAUUGCAAUCAUAGUAUACCAGAGUAUUUGUUGCAUAAAGUCGAGUUCAAGAAGGAUGACAAGAAGAUAUUACAAUACCUACGUGAUAGGAAACCGCCGUUCCUCAAAUGGAAGGUAGACGGCGCAAACAUGGAGUACUUGGAGAAUGGCACGACAAUCAAAUUAAAGGACGUUCGUUUCGAGGCGUCCGGCUCGUAUUCCUGUCAGGUCUCGAUGACGACUCCUAUUUAUAGCCAGCCUUCCGAAAGCGUUCAAAUGAAAGUUAUAGUACCGCAGACUGAAAACCCGAAAAUCACGUUCAAGAAAAACAUGUACAUGGUCGGAGAUAGUUUAGAGGCGAAUUGCUCCUCCUCUGCAGCGCAUCCAGUUCCUCACUUGACUUGGUACAUAAACGGCAAGGAGGUGGACAUCAGUCUGGUGAAUCACUAUCCGUACACGCGUCACAAUAAUCAACUGUUCUCUGCUACUGCGAAGUUAACUAUAGAGGUGUCCGAGUUGCACGCAGGGGAGAACGGAUAUCUGGAGAUCAGCUGUUACGCUACCAUUCCAGAUUAUCCCUUGAACCAUGUGCAGUACGCUGAUAUUAGGAAGGAAACGGUUACGGUGCAACUAAAACCCGCGCCGGUAGCCGAGUCCUCAGCGAUGAGUGUCGCGCUGGGAUGGCCCCCAGCUGCGUUAUUGUGCAUAAUCUGCGCGAUGCACAUGAUCAUUCCUUAAUAAAAGUCAAUUGCUUUAGGAUAAUUAAACGAAACAAACUGAACACAAAGAAGAAGACAGAAAAAAAAAAUAUAAUACA